AUGGUAGAAAGUUGCCUAAUAGCAGCUUCUCUGAUAGCUCUAGUAUGCCAUCCUAGUGCAACCAUAAGGUGUUUCAAGCCUAAGUCAUGCACAACCUCCCCACAAAAAGAAAAACCAAAGCCAAAUGUUUCCCCUCCAUGCUUUAAGAAAGUGCAUUCAAAAUCAAAGAAAAAACUAGACCCCCAUGAAAAUUCAGAUUCUUCAUCAUCUUCAACUCAGUCUAACACAAACACAACAUCACCUCCAGCCUCUCCUCUUUCUCGUUCCACAUCAAGAGCUGACAGACUUGUCAAAGGAGUCACACAACUCAUUGAAGGAGAUUCCUCAAUAGGUAUUGUGGAAACCAUAUUCCGAUCGGGAUGGCCUAAGGAGAUAGGCGUCACAGUUCAGAAGGUGUUGAAGGUUAAUCACUGUGAUAGUGUUUUAAACAAGUUUGAAGAGUUCAGAAACAAAGUGAAACUCAAUGCUGCAAAUUCAUGUGAUAGUCAGCUAAUGGAGAGACUGAUUGUUGAUGGGAAUGAACUCCUAAGAAUGAUCCGUUCCAGCUUUACGGUUGAAGAUGCACCGGAAUUAGUCCAUGAGAACAGUUGGAAGGCACAUGAGAAGGUGACAAAUGAUUAUGUUGCCAAAAGGGUAUGUGCAAGGAGGGCUAUCAUUUUGUGCCGAGUAAUUGCAGGGCGUGUUGGUGGUUACCAUAGAUAUGAGCUCAUGGUCAUUGGGGAAGAUGGUCGGUUUGAUUCUCUCGUGGCAUCAAAUGGAGAUGACUCUAAUGGCUCGGACAAGCUUAUGGUUUUGAAUCCAAGGGCUAUGCUUCCAUGCUUUGUGGUCAUAUAUGAAGUCAAUUGUCUUCCAUGA